UUUAUUUAAGCGAGUCCUAACUAACCAUGAAGACUUCAAAAUUCUCAUUUUCCAUCCACUUGAAGCCGAUAUUGAUUCCUCACUAAAAAUUGUACCACCAGCCGAAAUAUACAACAAUCUUCAUCUCUUUUCCGAAGCAUUCAUAUCUUCGGAAAAAUCACUCAACGUUUUUUUCUUAUCGAAUUCUUCUGAAGAACUCAAAAUCGAGAAGAAAAUUUUUCAGAAGUACAGCAGGAAUAUUUUUCUGACCUACACUCUCGACGUUGAGCUAUGUUCUUCUGACUUUGCACAACUGGUACCUGCUUCUUUCAUUCUGGACAUGAAGUAUAAUCAGUUGUUCAGCUGUUUCGACGAGAAUGAAGAUUUAAAUCCUACCCUGAUCAUUCCAGGGAGAUUGGAUAGUUUGCAAGAGUUCCACAGGAAUUUUAAAAAUUUGAAAGGUAUAACACUGAAGAUAUACCAUGGAAAUUACCUAUCUCUACAGUGCAAAAAAUAUACAGCACCAGACGUAUGUAUUUUAGAGGGAGCAGAUUUUCAAAUCAUAACUGCCCUCAGUAAGGCGUUGAAUUUCACUCCUGACAUCCAAAGGUACCGGUUCAAGAAUUACACAAACAUUUGGCAAGAGAUGCUUCAUGAUGUGAACUCAGGAGAAGCUGAUUUGGUUGCCGGUUCAGUUCUAGUCGUCUCUAACAGAAAUGCCUACUUCACUUCCUACACUUGGAGUUCGCCAAUCUAUGGCACUUUAUUUGUUGACCCAAUCAAAGAGCUUGGCUUCUGGAUCGUAAUAGAUACCUUCGAUACAUCAUCGUACAUAGUAACAAUCCUCGUAUUCUUCAUAAUUCUAUCAGUGAUGAUAUUCACUUCAUAUCGCAGCAGAAACUGUUCAGAAUUUUACCAGAAUUUCUUGGUUAGUAUCACAUUAGUAAGAAGAUAUACUUCGUUUAUAUGUUUGUCUGUUAAGAGAAGGAACAUCUCACCAACUUGGUGCUCUAAACGUAAAGUGGCAACCUUAUGGAAGCUGCUCUGUUCUCCCGAAAGACAGAAGAACUGA